AUGUCUGAUCGAUCUAGAACCACAAGUUUUCAAAAAUAGCAGAUCUUAGCAAACAUUCAAAAUAAAUUUUAGAAGAUUGACCCCAGUUUCUAAAUCAAAAACUUUAUUGGGGAAAGCACAAACUUAGUCGGCUAAUAAAUCAAGAAAUGGGAAAAAUAGAGCAGAGAAAGAACAAUUAAAGAGUAGUAGGUCAUGAAAGCAAUCAAAUCUUUGCGUCAUCCUUUGGUCCUUGAAAGUUAUAUAGAAAAACCGAUCUUUAUGGAGUCAACUAAGCCUGAAACACCAUAUGAAGUGGAAGCUCCAUAAUAAUUUUCGUAAAGUCCAAAAAAUGAACAUACAAACGAAUAUCUCAUGAUAAAAUCAACUAAGAAACCUUUGAGUCCACUCAAGUAUUUUAAUGUUAAUUAAGGAAGCUCUUUGAGCAAUAUUCUGAAUUAGUUUAAGAGUAAUUUCAGAAUUCUUCUGAGGAGAUGAAAAAGUUAAUUUAAUAGUAUUCAAAUUCAGAAAAGACUAUAGUCCCUUUGAAACAGAAGACAAAAAAUUGUGAAUAUUUUACACCUAGAUAAAUUUCAGUACCCAAGCGAAAUUUAUAGAAUNGUAAUAUUUGA